UAACUCGUCUAUUAUUAGCUUAACAUUUCAUACCCAUAUCAACUCAAAUUUUGACAACCCUACAUCAAUUAAGACUAAAACAAGAUGAUGUUCAACAAAUUUGUCUUUUGCGUCUUUUUCCUCUCUGUUGCAACUUUUUCUUCAGUGAAAUCUCAAGGUUUGGUCUGUAGAUCCACUGCAAUUUCCAAAUGUAAAUCUGUAGCUGGUUAUGUAGCACCAAACGCUACAACUCUUGCAAACAUCACAACUCUUUUCGGAGUAACAGACUUCAAUUCGCUCCUCGGAGCUAACAAUUUACCGAUAGACACACCACAGAGCAAAUCAGUGGCUGCUAAUGAGACUAUUAAAAUCCCAUUCACCUGUUCCUGUAAUAACGGAACAGGAAUCUCUGAUAGAAGUCCGGUGUAUACGGUGAAAGCAGGGGAUGGUUUAGAUCACAUCGCGAGGAAUAUAUUUUCAUUGUUAGUCACGUAUCAAGAAAUCGCCGCCGUGAAUAAUAUUAGUGAUGCUAAUUCGAUUGUACCUGGGCAGUCUUUGCGGAUCCCUCUUCCUUGUAGCUGUGAUGAUGUGGAUGAAAUUCAAGUCGUUCAUUAUGUGCACGUGGUGCCUCCCAAAGGAACUUUAGAGAUGAUUGUCGACGAGUUUGGAGCCACAGAAGAGAGUUUAUUGAAACUUAAUAACCUUACUGAUGCCAAAGAACUUAAAGCGGAAUCAGUUCUUGAUGUUCCAUUGAGAGCUUGUACGUCUAUGGUCAGCAAUGCUUCUUCCGAUUAUCCUUUGCUUCUCUCCGAUGGGACUUACACUUAUACAGCCAACAAUUGUAUCAAGUGCACUUGUGACUUAAACAGCCAGAAUUGGAACUUAUUCCCGAAACCCGACGCUUGGACGUUGUAUUGUGAGCCUUCGUCUCCCGCAGAUGUCAAAGUUCAGAAUUGGCAACAAUGUCCUUCGUCCCAGUGCACGAAUGUAUAUGGUACUCCACUGGGGAAACAAUUUAUUGAACUAGGGGCACAAGGAAGCUGCCCAAAUUACUGUGCUUACACUGGAUAUAACAAUCAGUCUCGAAGUAUCUCUACGACCGUAGCAAAUGUAUCCGACUGUACCGUAUCGCCAUGGGUACCAUCUGGAUCGUCAAAGAUGAGUUUGCAGCACUGGAAUUUCUUGCGGCUCACGAUGAACCUUGGCUUACUGCUUUGUAAUGCCCUUAUAUAGAUAUCGUAUUUGAGACAAAAUAAAUAAUCCAAUGGGAAGCAAUGUUGCAGUUGAAUUUUCUACAGUGGUUUUAUAGCCUAUGAUUCGUUAAAUUUAUUGAUUUAUCUAGAUUGGAUAAAAGUAAUAAUCAUAUUUUUAUGUAUUUGGUUUUGAAUGUCAAAAUACAAUUAAGUGAUGUUUGUAUAAAUUGAUAUACAAAAUUUAACAUUUGGAACUUUGGAAUUAUUUUUU